UAUGCAGCACGAGUAAACACGAGUAAACGUGAGCAGAGAGGUUAGAAGAUUGUAUUUCAAGCAUGGGGCAAGAACACAAACCUAGUGCCAGCAGCAAGAAACCAUUAAAACAGAAAAAUAAUGGCAAAACUGGGAAGAAGAAAGUUAAAGUUUGGGCUGGAAAGAAAAAGGGUGUUCGAGAGGAAGUGGUCAUUGAACGGUUGAGAAGCCAGUACAAGAAGAUAAAUUCAAAGAAAAUUAAGAAUUUUAAUGAUUUCCCUCUGUCGGAUGCAACUCUGAAAGGUCUUAAGGAUAACGGGUUUUCUGAGCCCACAGAAAUUCAACGUGAAAGUAUAGGAUUAAGUUUACGAGGACAGGAUAUUUUGGGUGCAGCAAAAACAGGAAGUGGAAAAACUUUGGCAUUUUUGAUUCCAGUCUUAGAAAUCUUGUACUGUAAGCAAUGGACCCGCUUGGAUGGUACUGGUGCUCUAAUAAUUACUCCAACCCGAGAACUUGCUUACCAAAUAUUUGAAACGCUUCGUAAAGUUGGUGCUCAUCAUGACUUUUCAGCUGGACUCAUCAUUGGUGGCAAGGAUCUUAAGUUUGAAAAAUCCAGGAUGGAUCAAGUUAAUAUCAUCAUUUGCACUCCUGGGCGCUUAUUACAACACAUGGAUGAGAAUCCUUUAUUUGACUGUCACAAUCUUCAGGUUUUAGUUUUGGAUGAAGCUGAUCGCAUUCUUGACCUCGGUUUUCAACAAUCCAUGAACAACAUAAUUCAAAAUAUUCCUACCGAAAGACAGACUCUUCUCUUCUCUGCUACUCAAACCAAGUCUGUGCAAGACUUAGCAAGAUUAAGUCUGAAGGAUCCUAUGUAUGUUUCUGUCCAUGAGCAUGCUGCCCAUAGCACUCCAGAAUCUCUUGCUCAGAGCUACCUUGUAUGUGAGCUGGAGGAAAAACUUACUGUUUUAUAUUCUUUUUUAAGAAAUCAUGUUAAACACAAAAUUCUGGUAUUUAUGUCUAGUUGUAAACAGGUCAAAUUCAUGUAUGAAGCAUUUUGUCAACUAAGAACAGGUGCUAGUUUACUGGCUUUGUAUGGAUCACUGCACCAGAUGAGAAGAAUGGCUAUUUAUGAAGAAUUCUGUCGAAAGUCAAGAGUGGUUAUGUUUGCGACUGAUAUUGCAGCUCGUGGAUUGGAUUUUCCUGCGGUAAAUUGGGUUGUGCAGUUGGAUUGCCCAGAGGAUGCUGACACAUACAUUCACCGUGCAGGUAGAACUGCAAGAUUAGAGAAAUGUGGAGAAAGUUUACUGAUUCUCCUACCAUCAGAGAAAGAUGCAAUGCUUCAAAGACUAGAGGACCGAAAAAUUCCUAUCAAGGAAAUAAAAGUAAACCCUGAAAAGCUGCAAAAUCCAAGUCGAAAGUUAGAAUCAUUUCUUGCACAAUCACCGGAUUUGAAAGAAACAGCUCAAAGAGCUUUUGUUUCUUAUGUUAAAUCCGUAUUCCUCAUGAAAGAUAAGAAAGUUUUUGAUGUUAAAGCUUUAGACACAGAUGCAUAUGCCAGAUCCCUUGGAUUGGCUGUGCCACCACGAAUUAGAUUUUUGCAGAGGAAAUUACAGCAAGAAAAUGCCAAGAAGGACCAGCAAAUUAAGAAAUUGCUUGAUGCAAAGGUUAAGUCUAAAUCAGAAAACAAAACAGAUUCUGGUAAGAUCAAUGAUUUUGACGAUGAGAGUGGGGCUGAGGAUGAUCACAAAAGUGGAGAAACUUCUUCUGAAAGUGAAAGUAAUGAUGAAGAAGAUUCAUCAACAAAACUAGACAGUGAAACUCAGAAAAAUGUUUCUAGGAAAGGCACUUCUGAAGGAUUUAACUUUGGAUCAGAUGACAGUGAUAGUGAUGAUGGCGACGUCCUUAAAUUAAAGCGGCGUAAUCAUGAAUUAGUCAAUGACAUUGCUCCUCUCACUGAAGAAGAUUUAACUAAACCAGAAAGUCGGAAAAAGAGCCAGCCACUCACCAAAGCAGCUGUUGCUAAGAAAUUUUUGCGAAAGAAAAUUCAAGCUAACAAAAAAGUAGUGUUCGAUGAAAGUGGAGAGGUUGUUUUAGACCCGAAGAGUCAGAAAAUGUCAGCCUUAGCUCAAGAGUAUGAUGGGGAAGAUGUAGGAGGUAUAGAUAUAGAGAAGGCCAAAGCAAUGAUGAUAGAAGAAGAUCAAUUUGACAAGCAGAGAUUCAGAGAAAAAAUAAGAGCAAAACACAGGGAAGAAAAGAAGAAAGCCAAACUAAAGAAAGAGGAAGAAGCAGAACAUGAUGAUUUCAGUAGUAGUGAUGAAAGUGCACCUGACCUAUCUUGGCUCCCUGAUCCUGAUAAAAUUUAUGGCAAAAGAGGAAGUGAUGAGGAGAGUGAAGAAUUUUAUACUAAGGAGGACACUUCAGGUUACCCUAGUGACAGUGGUAGUGAUGCUAAAGAGAUUCAGACACAAAAUGAAGAAAGUUCCCCUCUAAGGACCAAACGCAAGUUGAAGAAGCAGGGUGGCAAAAAAGUGAAAAAGGUGCGGAAGGUCAAAGAACAAUCCUUUGCUACACUGGAUACUGGUCUCUCCUUACAAGAAGACGAAGAACUUGCUUUGAAGUUCUUAAGAGCUAGCCGAUCAUAAUUAUAAUUAUUGUGACUAUGAAUAAUUUUUCUCUAUGUGAUACUGAAAAAUGGAGGGUUAUUGAAACCGUUCCAAUUAUUAAUGUAUUAAAUGUAUAUUAUGGUGAA